AUAAUAAAUGAAGAUGAUAAUGAUCAGAUGUUUGGAAAAGUUUUAUAAUAAAAUUUAAUAGAAUUCGUGAUUAGAUUUAUCUCAAGUAGUGUUAUCAGUAGUGUUACUUUAAAAAUAUAUAACACAAACACAAACAUGGUGUGCAAAAGUAAAUCAGUGUUUAAACAAUGGAACUUCUUCAAUUCUUUACUGUGGUAUUUUUCGUCGUCUUUGUGAAGGCAAGCGACUUGGACGAUGCUCGUAAAAUCCUGGAUUGUGCCCAAAAAGCUUUGAAAGUUGGAGUUCCUGAUUUGGAUUUACCAAGUUACAAUCCCCUAGACUACGAUAAAGAUAUACCAUAUUUUAAGGACCUGGCGGGAGAGCUAUACUUUUUAUACCACAACACCCAAGUUUAUGGAAUUCCCGAUUGGCAAGUAAAAGAAAUAAAUCAGAUAAAUCAAGAUAGUGAUGCAUUCGCUGUGUUUAAUUUUAGUUUAACCUUUCAACAACUGAAUGCGUCCAGCAACUUCGAUCUUAAUAUGACAGAUUUCUUUUUCCAAACUGAGUAUAAUGGAACACAAACGCUUAAACUAUUUAACAAUGAAUGGACAGGUUCUAUUAAUGUUACCAAACCGAAUCAAGACAGUGUUGAACAAAUAAAUGAUCUUCAAAUCAGUUGGCGCGCCCAACGUCUAUUGCCUGUGGUACACACAAAUCCAUCAGGCUAUGAGUCUCUGUUCGCAUCCGUAUAUAACUACACUAUUAUGACAGCUCUUAGCAAACCAAAUACAUUUGUUGGAGAUUUUCUUCAAGAAAAACUUAAUACAGAUUGGUGGCUCAACGGAAAAAUAUGGAAACUAGUACAAUGGUGUGAGGAUAACGAGUACAUAUAAUAAAUAUUGAUUGAUUUUACUAACAGUAAUAUAUAUAUUUUUGUGUACAAUGUACAAAUUAAUGAUCUAUGUUAUAAUUUAUAAUGUUUACAUUCAAUAAAUUAUGUAUCAAUAUUA